AUCAUCAUUUAUGUUCUAGCAAUUGACGAUUCGAGUGCACCUUUCGUGAUUCUCAUUAUCAUUUUUUUCUUCUUCUUCUUUUUGUAUCCGGUGUUUGAAGAAAAGUAAAAUUCAAUAUAAACGAUUAGCAACAUCCAAUUCUAUUAUCAUCAUGCGUAUACCAAGCUUAGGAUCCACUCAUAAUUGCCUAAAUGAUCCGAUUGGAUCUCGUUCAUCAACAUCAUCACAUUCACCAUCAUCAUCAGCAUCAUCAUCAUCAUCAUUGUCCUUAUCACCAUUAUCAUCUACCUCAUUAUUAUGUCGAUUGAUACCAUCAUCAUCGAAUACACAUUAUAAUUCGAUGGGACAUAAUGUUGUUGGAAUGAAUGGUGGUGAUAAUGAAUCCAUACAAGUCGUAUUUUCGGCCCAAUCUCGUGAUGCUAUCAUCUAUGUAACGGUCGUAUUGGUCAUCUAUAUAAUCAUAUUUGUUGUAUUGGUAGUAACAUCAUAUCGUAAAAGUAGUGCAUUACGUGAAACUUUAAAUCGUCAUCUACGUUCACAAUAUGCAACUGGACCAUUCGGUACACCAACAAUAUUGGAAACAGAUUCAAAUGGCGAUCAAGUACACUGUGAUACAGUUGAUGAGCUACAUGAAGGUUCUAUUCAACUUUAGCAAAUAAUUAAACAAAAACAAAAGCAAAAUGUACUUGUAUUAAACAUCAUAUAACGCUAAUCACAUCAUCAUUUGUUAUCAUUACAAAAAAUUAUUCCAUAAUCAAGAAUUUUUUCUUCUCUUACUCUUUCUUCAUCUGAACUAUCAAUCAUACAAAUAUCCACAUCCACACACUUAUGAUUAUCACAAAAAAAAAAUUCAAUUCAAA